AUGGAGGACGUUCGUAGUCUGAGUAUUAUAGGCCAGCGUACUUUCGACGCGGACUCCUUUGGUUAUGAUCGCUUAGGCGAGAUUGCUCAGGUUGCUGAGCGGGCGUUGUCCGUCAAUGCAACAAAUGUUGUACGACACGAUCUCGAUAGGCAUGUUGAGGUUCAUGACAUUUUGAGUCAAGAACUUGCACCUAUAGACCCGACCCAGCAACAUCCACCACCCAAACCUCCGAGGCGUUCGCGCAAGUCUCAGCGUGGGCGUGGGGGGCAAGAGACAAUCACAUCAUCUCAGCCACAUCAGUCCUCCCAGCAUGAGCAGUCUCAUAUUCCCUUCACUGGCGGUUCAUCCCAUCAGUCUCCACAUCGUCUCCACUCCAUUCUCGACAAGCAUUCAGCCCAUCGGUCUCACAUCAUUCAUCCCAUCGGUCUCCACAUCAUUCUUCGCCGACCCAACGGGCGUUUUACCGUCCGAUUAUGUCUCCCAGCACCUAAGAGUCAAUUUUGCCUUCACUCAAUUUUCCUCCCCUCAGACUUCUCAGCGCCGAGAGUGACGAAGGAGCCCGAUAGAUUGACUUAUAGCCUUUUCGGGCUAAAAGCCCAGAAGAAGUAG